AUGGAUUUGUUCUACCUGAAAAACGCAGCUCUCUAUCAGUCUUAUGUCGACAAAGUGGAUCCAACAGAACCUCAAGCACACUUCUCGAAUGUGCCGCUCCAGGCGACAGAAGAGAAAGACAACGACAACCCAAACAUGACCAUCAGCGUCCGAAUUCGCCCAAUGCUAGAAGACGAUAUCGCUUCCGGCUUUCCUCGCGCAGUAUAUCCUCGUCCUCACGACUCAACUGCAAAACAUCAAACCAUCGAUCUCCAUGAUCUCUACAACCAUCCUCGAAGACCCCGUCCCAUCCUCAGAUCUUCUACGCACAAGCUUCAAAAGGUAUUUGAUGCUGGUGCAAGCACAGCACAGGUUUACGAUGAGGUUGUACGCGAUCUGGUGCUAUCUGCUGUGAAAGGCAAGCUGGGUACUUUGUUCGCAUAUGGGCAGACCAGCUCCGGCAAGACCUUCACCGUCACGGAACUACAGAAACUCGCUGUUUCGGAGCUGGUUGAUCGCCAGGCUGAGUUGUACAUCACCGUUGUCGAGCUUUCUGGCAAUGUCGCCUUCGACCUUCUCAAACAACGCGAGCGGAUUGCUGUACGGGAAGACGCAUCCGGAACCACGCGACUUGUUGGAGCCCUCGACCAGCGAGUCAGCGGUAAAGAGCAAGCAGUUGAGUUGCUGGAAAAAGCCAUGUCCUUCCGCCGUGCUGCACCUACUUUAAAGAACCCGGCCUCCUCACGUUCACAUUGCAUCUGUCGCAUCAGAGUUGUACAACCUACCUCCCCCGAGCAAGGCUACCUGUACAUGAUCGAUCUCGCUGGUUCAGAGGCAGCACGUGAUGUGGCAGAACAUGGACCCGAGACGAUGCGUGAGACACGCGACAACAACGUCAGUCUCUCAGUACUCAAAGACUGUAUUCGGCAGAGAGCGCUGGCGGCUUCGAGCAAGAAAAAGGUGCAUGUGCCUGUACGAGGGAGCACGUUGACGAAGGUCUUGAAGCAUGUCUUUGAUCCAAAGGUUAGUCAGGAGUGCAAGACAGUUGUGAUUGCUUGCGUGAAUCCGAGUCUUGGGGAUGUUUCGUCGUCGAAGAACACGCUGAGGUAUGCGGAGUUGCUGGGCAAGAUGGAUUGA